UAGCUGGGCUGCGCUGUUCAUGCCUUCCUGUUGGUCGGAGCUGGGAGAAGUUCACUCUGAUCAGCUGAUUUCAACUGACAACAAGAGAGGAGGAAGCCUGGGAGGCAGCAGAGGAGGAGGGAGCGGAGAUGGAGCUGAGGAUGGAUCCGCUGGGGCCCUAGAGCAACCCGGGUCCCGUCGGUAAUCCGCGUCCCCCACACCACCUUGCCUUGGCCGAGCUGCUCCGGGUAGUCCUUGAAACAUUGGCUUGAGGUCCAAGUAAAUCGAACAGCCCCUCACCCUGCUCUGUCAUCACUCUGACUUUAUAGCUGAGGCCCAACCGAUGAGCUGACCUUUGUGAACCCAGCAGCCCCCCUCUCAGCGUGUGGCAGAGACUGUCAAGUUCACUUCCACCACAGCGUUCUUUGCACUCUGCAGAGGAUGAGACCAUCAAACUCGGUGAACACUGCUGCUGGUACGAGAGACUUGGAGGCAGAUAAUUAAAAAUUUGAACAUUGGUGAAUGUGUAAAAAUUCUUAGCCAGACAGGUUUUCCUUUUUAAAGGGUUCAGAACCCUCAAAGCAUUUGUCUUCCUUCAUUCCUGGGAAAGUACAGUAGUGACUGUUGUAGGGUGGGUGGUUUCCAGACGAGUCUAAGUUAUGAGUGCCCAGACUUCCCUCACAGAGAAGGGCCUAAAUCCGGGGCUCAUGUGCCAGGAGAGUUAUGCUUGCAGCGGGACUGAUGAAGCCGUUUUCGAAUGUGAUGAGUGUUGUAGCUUGCAGUGUCUCCGCUGUGAGGAGGAACUCCACCGACAGGAGCGCCUUCGAAACCAUGAGCGGAUAAGACUCAAAGCCGGCCAUGUCCCUUACUGUGACCCCUGCAAGGGCCCCAAUGGGCAUUCGCCAGGUGUGAGGCAGAGGGCAGCCGUGAGGUGCCAGACCUGCAAAAUCAAUCUCUGCCUGGAAUGCCAGAAGAGGACUCAUUCAGGGGGUAACAAGAGAAGACACCCCAUUACCGUGUACCAUGUCAGUAAGGUCCAGGAGUCCCUGGAAGGGGAAGAGAUGGAUGAGGAGACUAAGAGGAAGAAGAUGACAGAGAGGGUUGUGAGCUUCCUCCUGGUAGAUGAAAACGAAGAGAUCCAGGUAACAAAUGAAGAGGACUUUAUUAGGAAAUUGGACUGUAAGCCUGACCAGCAUCUCAAGGUGGUUUCCAUUUUUGGAAAUACUGGUGAUGGAAAGUCCCAUACCCUCAACCACACUUUCUUCUAUGGCCGAGAAGUCUUCAAAACCUCCCCCGCUCAGGAGUCCUGCACAGUGGGAGUGUGGGCGGCCUAUGACCCAGUCCAUAAGGUAGCAGUGAUAGACACAGAAGGACUCUUGGGGGCCACCGUGAAUCUAAGCCAGAGGACUCGGCUGCUGUUAAAGGUCCUGGCCAUCUCAGACUUGGUCAUCUAUCGAACUCAUGCAGACCGGCUGCACAAUGACCUCUUCAAAUUCCUUGGGGAUGCCUCGGAAGCUUACCUGAAGCACUUUACCAAGGAACUCAAGGCCACCACUGCACGCUGUGGCCUGGACGUCCCCUUGUCCACCCUAGGCCCUGCAGUUAUUAUUUUCCAUGAGACUGUGCACACUCAGCUUCUGGGUUCUGAUCACCCCUCAGAGGCACCCGAGAAGCUUAUCCAAGACCGCUUCAGGAAGCUGGGCCGCUUCCCCGAAGCCUUCAGCUCCAUUCAUUACAAGGGAACGAGGACAUACAAUCCCCCCACAGACUUCUCUGGGCUUCGGCGCGCUCUGGAACAGCUGCUAGAGAACAACACCACCAGGUCUCCCCGGCACCCAGGGGUCAUCUUCAAAGCCCUGAAGGCACUAAGCGACCGCUUCAGCGGCGAGAUCCCAGAUGACCAGAUGGCGCACAGUUCCUUCUUUCCAGAUGAGUACUUCACCUGCUCCUCGCUCUGCCUCAGCUGUGGGGCGGGCUGUAAGAACAGCAUGAACCAUGGCAAGGAAGGGGUGCCUCAUGAAGCCAAAAGCCGCUGCAGGUACUCACACCAGUAUGACAACCGAGUUUACACUUGCAAGGCCUGCUAUGAGAGAGGCAAGGAAGUCAGCGUGGUGCCCAAAACAUCUGCCUCCACUGACUCUCCCUGGAUGGGUCUGGCAAAGUAUGCCUGGUCUGGGUAUGUGAUCGAAUGCCCUAACUGUGGUGUGGUCUAUCGGAGCCGCCAGUACUGGUUUGGGAACCAAGAUCCUGUGGACACAGUGGUGCGGACAGAGAUUGUGCACGUGUGGCCCGGAACGGAUGCAUUUCUGAAGGACAACAACAAUGCCGCCCAGCGUCUGUUGGAUGGGAUGAACUUCAUGGCUCAGUCAGUGUCUGAGCUUAGCCUCGGACCCACUAAGGCUGUGACCUCUUGGCUAACAGACCAGAUUGCUCCUGCCUACUGGAGGCCCAACUCCCAGAUCCUGAGCUGCAACCAGUGUGCGACAUCCUUCAAGGACAAUGACACCAAGCAUCACUGCCGGGCCUGUGGUGAGGGCUUCUGUGAUAGCUGUUCAUCCAAGACCCGGCCAGUGCCUGAGCGGGGCUGGGGACCUGCACCUGUCCGCGUGUGUGACAACUGCUACGAUGCCAGGAAUGUCCAGUUAGAUGUGGCGGAGGUGCAGGCAGAUGAUGAAGGUGGAACGCUGAUUGCCCGGAAGGUGGGAGAGGCCGUGCAGAACACCUUGGGAGCCGUGGUGACAGCUAUUGACAUACCACUAGGCCUGGUGAAAGACGCUGCCAGGCCGGCCUACUGGGUGCCCGACCACGAGAUCCUGCACUGCCACAACUGCCGCAAGGAGUUCAGCGUCAAGCUCUCCAAGCACCACUGCCGCGCCUGUGGACAGGGCUUCUGUGAUGAGUGCUCCCAUGACCGCAGGGCUGUCCCCUCUCGUGGCUGGGACCAUCCAGUCCGAGUCUGCUUCAACUGCAAUAAAAAGCCCGGUGACCUUUAACCCCAGCUCCCUCUCCGACUCCUUCACAAUUCCUUAGGUUCUCAGGGUUAGAAACAGAAGUCUCACUGAGGUAGGCCCUCCUCCUGGUCACCUGGUGUGGUGUGGUGUGUGUGCCCCUCUCACAUCCCUGGGCUACUCUUCCUCAGUGGAGGUGAGUUUGGUGGUAGGUCCAAAGGCAUGAACCACCUCAGGGCAGGGGGUGGAGCAGCUCUCAGUAAAGCGGAAUGGACCAGAGUCCACUGCAUUUAUUUCACUUAAAAAUAAUAAAUCUCUCUAUAUAUAUCUCCAUUUAUCCAUCUAGAGGGGAUUUGGAGUGAGUAAGACCGCUUCUGCUUUGAAGACCUACCCUGCUGUGUCCCUAGCCCAGGGAUAAGGUGCCAUUGAGAGUCUUUCUCCUGAAGCGAGCCAGGUUCAGAGUCACCUUUUGCUGCUUCUCCCAGAGCUUGGCAGUGUCCUUUUGUGGCCCUCUUCCCUCCUGCUCCUCGGCUGCCUGAAUGACUGCCCAGGCGUGAACCUCCUGCUUGAAGCAGUCUUGGUUCUGGCCUGUUCUAGGCCGAGGUCCGGCCGGCUUUGUGUAAGCUACUGGUAUAUAAGGAUAUAUACCAGUAGGGUAGGGUCUUGAGACAUAGAAAGUCAAAAUGCAGGUACUUGUGGUAGUUGAGGAGUCCCAAAGGAAGUAGGACUCCCUAGCAGGAUAUCUGCUCCUUGGCGCCUCUGUCUCCACAUGGCUUUCUUAGAAGGCCAUGCCCUGCUCCUGAGUCAGAGUCCGAGUCCUCCCCUCUUCCCUGGACUCCAGUCUGCCCCUCCUUAGGAUUUUUAUUGCUCAAAGUGUCUUACUCUUUGUUCCCAUACAUGCAACCCCUCUACGGGGGGUGGUGACCACAGAAACCUUCCAGGGAAACAGCACAGAAUGGACUGUUAGUUAUGUUUUUUAAAUAUAUAUAUAUAUAUAUAAAUAUACAAAUAAAUAUUUCAACAGAUCAUGAGGAAAAAAAUUCUCUUUGGUUCUUAAAAGAGAAACGAAGUGGACAAAUGUUUCUCAAAAAGAGCUUGGCCACCAUAAGGUCAUGACUGGAGAGACUGUUGUGCUGAACUCCUCUCAGGGCGGAGUUCAUCUCAGUGGCCAAAAAGAGGAGUCAAAGCAACAUUGUUCCUGAUUGGACCGAUGUGUGGGUGGAGCCUCUGGGAAGGAUGUGGGCAGGCAUUCCUGGGGUGUAUCUCCAGUGAUGUUAGCCCUGGGAUGGACUGGUCCUUCUAAGAUCUGCCCUUUCCGCCGACUGAGGCCCUAUUCUAGAACUGUAUCUUCCAUUCACCACUAUAAAGGAAUC